AUGUAAUAUACUGUACCCCAAAAAAAAUAAAUGUCAUCACAAAUGUUUAACUGGUGUUUAACUGGUUUACUAAUAAAAUCCUAUCAUUUAGUACAAUAUCAUCGGCACAUAUGUCGACACCAAUUGAUGCCAACGACUAAAACAACAACAAUAACAACAACAUCCUUAACAUUACUGUCAUUAGUUAACUGUUUUAGCAAACUGUUUGACGUCAUCACUAACAACAGUCACUACCGUUUCCGAUGCGCCCAUCAGUUGUCGACAAUUGACCAGAUUGUCGACAAAUCCAUGUCAAAGACAGUACAACUAUUAGUCGAUCAGUCCAUUGGUACCGGUUGUGUUGUAUCCAGUUAUGACGGUUUUGUGGUUACCUGUGCUCAUGUGGUUGAGGACCAGCGCGACGCUAUAGUAUUGUACGAUCUGACUGGUUAUGGACAGGGAUGGCGAUGGGCACGGGUUGUCUACCUGGAGCCGCAUCAUGAUCUGGCACUACUGGAAAUCAGUUACGAUAGUACUAUAGGGGAUCAGCUCUGGAAUAAACUAAAUAAUUUCGAUAUCUGUCGCGAAACUGUCAACUUUGGCGACAAUAUUGUCUGUUUAGGAUAUCCUAUGGACGACCGACUGUCAAUAGCUACCGGUUAUAUAGCUUGUCCUCAACGCGUACAACCAAACCAUAUGGGAUAUAUUUAUGUACCGAUGGACUGUAGUGACCAAAUUGAAAACCGAAUCGGUUUAACCUACGGUUUUUCGGGCGGUCCAGUUAUCAAUGAAAACGGACAGUUGGUUGGCAUACAUCACAGUACUUUCAAUUUGUUUAGACAUCUGAGCACUUCAUCGACUAUAGUUCCUGAGCUUAUGAUAAAUGCUAACAAUUUCAGUAGGAAACAGAGAAAACUCAUACAUAACGGUAAACGAGAUGUUAGUCGUAGACGUAGACGACAUACAUUUGAUGGCCAACCGUUUGGACGCCAACUGGGACUUGAAAUUUGUUGGUAUAAUUCAGCUAAUAUUAAAUACUAUAAAAAACAUUGCCGUUUGGAUGGACGCCGAUUGCGAUCAAGGAAUGUCUACCUGAAUGGAAACGGUAUAUUUGUUUAUCAAUUUUUCAACGAUACUCAGGGAAAUAUAUAUUUACACGAUUUUGACGUAAUCAUCAAAAUCAAUGGCAAACCAGUCGAGUCUAUUGACGAUCUAAGCCGAGCACUGGUAAUGAUUGCCAGUAGUAGUGAUGGUGAUAGCGAUGGUGACACUAUCCGGUUGACUAUCAUUAGGAAUGGUAGGGAUAUAGAGAUCAGUAUAAGUGGCGAACAACUGAUGAAUGGUUUUAGUUUUAUUUAA